AUGACAGGAAUUUCAUACAGCAACAUCCUUCCUCCAUUACAAACAACGUUGUUAAGCAAAUUCCUCUUCUGUAUCUUACUUUUCUUUGUUUUAACUUUUUCAUCAGCAGAAUCUCUAGGUUUCACUUGCAAGUCUAAUACAACUUCCAAAUGUAAAUCUCUAGCUGGUUAUGUAUCACCCAACGCCACAACUCUUUCAAGCAUCGUAAGUCUGUUCGGAAUAACAGACUUCAAUUCAUUGCUCGGAGCUAACAAUUUACCGCUACGAACAAAACCAAGCAAAUCAGUGGCCGCCAAGGACACUAUCAAAAUCCCCUUCACUUGUUCUUGCAAGAACGGAACUGGAAUUUCUGAUAAGGGUCCGAUUUAUAAAGUGCAAUCCGGAGACUCUUUGUAUCACAUCGCCACGGUUUUAUUUGGAUUCUUAGUUACAGCAGACGAAAUCGCAGCAGUCAAUAAUAUUAGUAAUCCUGACUUGAUCGUUGUUGAUCAGCUUUUGCGGAUCCCACUUCCUUGCAACUGUGAUGAUGUGGAGGGAAAUCAAGUCCUUCAUUAUGCACACAAAGUGUCUCCUAAUAAAAGUUUGGAGAUGAUUGCUAAGGAGUUCGGGACUACAGAAGAGAGUUUAUUGACACUCAAUAACCUUACUGAUGCUAAACAACUCGAGGCAGAAUCAAUUCUUGAUGUUCCAUUAAGAGUUUGUACUUCUAUGAUAAGGAAUACUUCGGCAGAUUAUCCUUUGCUUCUCUCGAAUGGGACUUACACUUUUACGGCUAACAAUUGUGUCAAGUGCUCUUGUGACUCCAGCGGCAAAUAUUGGGAGACAUUUCAGGAACCCAAAAAUUGGACGUUAUACUGUGAGGAGGCAUCUCCUCAAAAGGUGAAGGUUAGCAACUGGAAAGAGUGUCCUACGACCGAGUGUGUAAAAGAAAUCGAGCCAGGAAAUAAUUGGGGUGUUCAACUCGGGAUGAGCAUUUUUGAUAGUCGCUGCAGUGAUAUUGAGGGGAAGCACAACGAGUAGUCUUGUGCAUACACGGGAUAUAACAGUCGGCGUCAGACUGUGUCAGUAUACAUGGUUAACGAAACGAGGUGCAUCAGUAAGUACAACAUAU